UAGCAAUUGGAGCCAUUCACACACCUCAAGAAAGCUAAAGAAGAAGAAAAAAAAGGCUAGCUUAUGACACAAUCCGUGAAUAAAUUCUAAGCUUCCAUUGUUCGUGAAGUCGAACCGCGAAAAUGCACGAGUGCGAGUGCGAGAAGAGGAGCGAAUACACGGCCACCAUAAAGAUCUGCGACUGCGAAUGCGAAUGCGACUGCGGGUGCUGCAUCGACCUCCUCUACUCCACCAUCGAGGACGACCCCAUGCUGCUCCAGAAGAUGGACAAGGUCCAAUUCGCCCACACCCCGCUGCACGACGCAGCGGCGCGUGGAAACACCGCGCUGGCCCUCGAGGUCAUGAACCUGAUGCCGGCCCUGGGGAAGAAGCUCAACCCACAGGGGCUGAGCCCGCUCCACCUUGCCGUGGUCGAGGGGAACGUCUCCACCGCCCUCGCCCUCAUCAAGCUUGACAGAAAGCUUGUCUGCAUCAAGGGCAAGGGCGGGCUCACUCCGCUGCACCACGCGGCUGCGGGGAAGUGCCAGAUGGAGCUUCUGGCUGGGCUUCUGGUGGAGUGCCCGGAGUCUAUGGCGGUGCUGAAUAACCGGCGGCAAUCGGCGGUCCACGUGGCGCUGGAGAAUCAGAACGUGCAGGCGGCUCGGUUGCUCGUGAAUUGGCUGGUGAUUGUGGCUAAGGAAUCUAAUCUGUCGAUCAAGGAUGCGCAUGGGAACACUACCCUUCACGUUGCAGCUCGUUAUUGCCGAUGCAGGGAGUCACUCCAACUAUUGACCACAUUAGUGAAAGUAAACAAAGCCAACAACUACGGCGAGACGCCUCUAGACAUCGCCAUCCACUACCGAAACGGCGACGCCGUGGAGAUGCUAAAAACAGCCGGCGCAGCACCGCUGACAACGCGCGAAAGAGGCGAGGAGCACCACCUCCCCCGCCGGCCGUCGAGGAUGGUGCACUACCUCCUCGGAAAGCACGCCAACAAAUGCGCCGAGAUGCUCACACGCGCCUACUUCUUCAUCACAAAAGAGCUCACCAUGGACAUGCGCAACACCAUCCUCGUCGUCGCCGUCCUCAUCGCCACCACCACCUACCAGGGCGUCCUCCAGCCCCCGGGCGGCGUCUACUCCGCCGAGGGAAACACCGAGCGCCGCCAGCUGGGGGAGGACGCCGCCAACAACCACCCCCCGGGGAGGAUGGUGAUGGGGACCACCAAGUACAGCUACUUCAUGCCGACGAACACGCUGGCCUUCAUCUCGGCGACGCUGAUCAUCAUCUUCGUGCUGCCCGACCGGGCGUUCGUGGUGCUGCUGCAGGCGUGCUUGGUGUUCAUGUGCGUGGGGUAUCUGCUGGCGUUGAAUUUUAUAUCGUAUUAUAAUGAUAUUUCAAGGAUCUUGGACAUCGUGUGCUGCUUCACGGUGGGGGUGGCGUUCUGCUUGAAGCUGGGGUAUUACUGCGUGAAGGCGUAUUACAAUGAGGAUGAGUGGCUGCUGCGGCGGCUGGGGGUGAUGAUCAGCAACCACAAGGCGCGGCUGGGUGGUCGUGGUGAUUUGGAUAUGUCGGUUAUAAGGAGGAUGAGGCAGCAGUAUAAACUCAUUUCUAAAGUUGUUUGAUUUUUAUUUCUUCUCUUCAUUUUGUGUAUUGCUAUUUCAAUUACAAUGAAUUACUACUUCCGUCCCCAAAAAUUCGUCUCACUUUGACCCGACACGGGUUUUAAGAAA